AUGUUUUUAGAAGUUGGGUGGCCACGUGUCGCCUCGCGGUCUCGUCUUCGCUUUCAAGAACGGCAUAGAAGCAACACGAAGGCUGAAGGGACUGAGAGAGAAAAGGGAAAGAGAAAGUGGAGAGAAAGUGUGGGUUUUUGGGAGUGGAUGUAUAUAGCUUCCAUGCGAAAGUCAUUCAAGGACUCUCUGAAAGUGCUCGAAGCUGAUAUUCAGCAUGCAAAUACACUGGCCUCGGAUUAUCCAAGGGAAUAUGAUGGUGCUUGUCUUCAGAUGAGAAUGUCAUACAGUCCAGCUGCUCACCUCUUCCUUUUUCUGGUGCAAUGGACUGACUGCAACCUCGCAGGAGCCCUUGGGCUGUUAAGAAUUUUAAUUUACAAGGUUUAUGUGGAUGGCUCAACAACCAUCAUGUCUACCAAGGAAAGGAAAGCAAGCAUCAGAGAGUUCUAUGCUGUUAUUUAUCCCUCCUUGUUGCAACUUCAGAGUGGUGUCACCGACAGUGAAGAUAAAAAGCAGAAGGCAGUAUGUGUGGAAAGGUAUCGAAAAAGAGAUGAUGAGGAAAAUCGACAGUGUUCUGAUAUAGACAUUGAAAGAGAGGAGGAAUGCGGUAUAUGCAUGGAGACAAAUAGUAAAAUUGUAUUGCCUAACUGCAACCAUGCUAUGUGCCUGAAAUGUUACCGUGAUUGGCGAACAAGAUCUCAGUCAUGCCCAUUCUGCCGUGACAAUCUUAGGAGAGUGAACUCGGGUGAUCUCUGGGUAUACACUGACUGCAGGGACAUAGUGGACAUGGAAACAGUGAUGAGGGAGAACCUUAGGAGGCUUUUCAUGUAUAUAGAUAAGUUGCCUUUAGUUACACCGGAUAACCCCUUUGACCCUUAUGAUUCCCACCUAAGGACCGAAAAUUCAUUCGGCGGGUUUAAAGUCGGUAUCUUCCCACUCCUGUUCAGAAGACCUCGCCUGAGUUAUUUUGUGCUGGCGGGUGAAGUUGAGGAGUCUAUAAAAUUUUUGAAUGGUUUAGACGGCAUAAUUGUUUUCAAGCAAGCUGAUAACCAGAUAUAA